AUGGACUUCGCGCCAUACCAGUCCUCGCCGCCCGAGAACUCGCGGCCCUUCAGCCCCGUGCAGUCGCCGAGCCCCCGGCCCUCGUACGACCGCGGCCGCCCUUCCAAUGUCGCCUCUCCGCCGCCGCUGCAGCACCCGCAGCCCCAGCGCCAGUGGGCCUCUUCCAACAUACCAGGCGCCUACCAGAACGUCGCCGCGGCCCCUGUCGGCGGCGCCGGGUUCGGGGGGUACGGCAACGAGGCCGGCUACGGCGGUGUAGAUGCGUUCGACACGAGCCUCGGCGUCAGGCUGGACUACGAGGCUGCAGCCGCAUACCUGGCGCUCCCGCCGCUCGGCGCCAUCGUGCUGUUGAUUCUAGAGCGGAAGAGCGAUUACGUGAGAUUUCACGCCUGGCAGUCGAGUUUGUUGUUCACCACCGUCUUUGUUCUCCACCUACUCUUCUCUUGGUCGACCUUCUUCAGCUGGGUUAUAUUCCUGGGAGACCUGGCUCUCAUGGCAUUCAUGGCGUUAAAGGCAUACCGAGAUGCGGACACAUUAGACAGAUUUGAGGUGCCUAUAUUCGGGCAGUUUGCAAGCCGGAUACUAGACGACGAGUAG